AUGUAGCAAGUCCUCCAUUGAUUUACCCAUGAUGCAUUUGAAUUCCCGCUCUCUUGAAACAUGGCGGAAAAUGUCACGAAAUUACAGAAUUAUAUUAGGCCUACGCGUAUGUUGUAGUGGGGCUAGGAUGAGUUCUGAUUGAUGAUAUCGGAAUCGUUGUUUAGUUGGUUAUUUUGACCAGCAAUGAAUGAAGCGCAUGUGAACAAAAUUCCUGAGAACAAUACAAUGGAUAUAGUUUCCAUGGCGUUUUCAAAUGUCUCUGAAAGGAGUGAUUUAAUUGAGGUUAGCUCUAGCGUUUCUCCGACCACUGAAGAUGCUGAAGCCGGUAACAAUGCCUCCGCCGCAGAGAGUGUACGUUGUGAGGACGGAAAUCAGAUUGUGGAUGUGCAUCAAAGCGAUCAGGUCAAGAAUCGUCCGAGUCCUAUAGAAAUCCCACUUCCACCCAAUGCCAUUAUCAGCGUCAACGACCAAGGAGAACAGACGAUUGAGUUGGCCCAAGUUGCUGGCGAUGAUCAUCAAGCUCCGGACAUGCCCGACCAAACCUGUUCAAUAGAGCACGUGGAACAGAUCGAGCAAGUGGAAACUGUCGUACACCCAGAUGAGCAUCAGCCGGGUCCUGCCGGGGAUGUAGUCCCCAUGUCUGUCGGGGGAGAUGGGCUUGAAGCAAUAGCAUUCCAAGGAACGGAUGUUGGCAUGAUUGGAGAUGAGACGUGUGUUGUUCCUGUCACCAUCUCUCUCACGGAUGUUCAAAAUCUUCAGCAGGUUGUCGGUGGAGUGCACAUUGGCCCCAGUGGGGAAUCAGUCCAGGUUUCUUCGACAAAUGUUGCGGUUACCUCAAGCACGCCAGGGUUGUCUGAAAGUGCCAGCUCCUUGUUUAGUUCGUUGGCCAGUAUCAUAGACACCAGCUCAGUUUUAACAACUGCUAACAUGUCAAGUGCUUCUCUGCCGGCAUCUGGCGUAACAUUUGUGAGUGGUGCUGGGAUACCGCUUCCCACUGUUCAAAGCCUAAGUCGUUCUGCAGAGGCACAGCCUCCAGGACUUUGCGCAUCCGGUGCAGGUAUUACAAGCGCUCACAGCGAAAGUAGCACUAGCAACGGUAGUGGUGCUCGAGCUAGUAGUGCAGCCCAGUUUAUCCAUAAUGGGACAACGCUGCAGAAGGUCAACUUUAGCGAUGGCAGUUUCUUAACGCAGAAAAGUCAGCUGAUGAAUGCAAAACAGACUACAGGCGUUGGUGCACAAAGUACCGACCAAGUGGGUAGCUUGCCACCUGUUCAAAAGCAAGAUAGUGCCAACAUCAUUGGGAACCGCAGUGUCUUUUCUCCAAUGACCCUGACUAUUCGGACACCUCCAGGGGCCCCUGCUGUCAAUCAGGCACUGAUCAAUAGCAUAGUGAAUAAUGCGGAAGUGCAGGCCCUGCUGAAGCGGAAUCCUGGGCAGCCAAUAACAAUUGUGCGCGUUCCGGAGGACCCUUCAGAGAAGCGGCAACACCUACCCGGCAUGGUCACUGCCAAGGUCCUGACCAACAGAAGUCCUGGCGGCGGUGGUGUGCCACACAGGCAAAUAGGACGGCCAAGGAAAGAACCAGGCACCGAUGAGGAUGCCAAGGGUUUCCCUGUGAGGAGGCGGGGAAGGCAGCCGGGAACAAAGAUACGGAGGAAAGAAGAAGACUAUGUUCCCCCUGUGUCAUGGCAACCAGUGAAAUCCCGCACCCGGUCUGGGCGGUUAUCCCGGCCACCGGGCUAUCGCACAGAAAACUUCAAGAUGCUGUAUCCCCUGGAAAGGCCUGACAAUCCAUCCUCGGAUGCCGAGGGUGGGUCCGAUAUGGAAGCCGACUCUGGCAGCAGUGUGGCCUUCACUCCUAGCGGCCGUGUCAAGAAUUUCAAGUGUCGGAGCUGCAGUAAGGCAUACAUUGGCCGAGGUGGCCUGGCACGGCACUUCCUAGUCGAACCAACUCAUGGCAAUAUUGACGACUAUGCACUCUCAGAGGGUUCAGGGGCCAAACUUGACGGCUCUACAGCUGGCGAUGUGCAAAAUACUUCCAAUGAACUUGCAGACAGUGAAAUAAACAACAAGGAUGUUGCAGAAGAGAGUGCUGAGUCUCCCCAAAGCCUUGCCAAAGAUGAGGGCGAACAUUCCCGCUUAUUGAAAGAGGAUGUCAUGGACCUAGACGAAGAGCCGGUCACAGACAAAGCCACCGGAGAACCAGCUGAGGAGCCUCCCCCAGAACAACCCUCGCGUGGGAGGAGAGGCCGGCCACCAAACGCCAACAAGGACGAUCCUGAUUUCAGACCGGGGACGUCUGCGAACAAGGGCAGCGUGAAGUCCAAAGACAAACGCAAGGAGACCAUGAGACAGGCUCUGAAGUUCCUGAACCAGGAAGACUACAUGGACGUCUGCCUGCCGCGCAUGGCACGCCAUCUCUCCCCAUGGGACUUCCUGGUCAGCAAGGCAGAGAUUCUCAAGGAAGAUACACCCCAGGUGUUGAAGGUGCUACAGCUGUUUGAGGAGCUUCUGUCUGACGUCAGAGAGAUGGCUGUGAAUUGCCUGGAGAAGGUGGAGGAUGAGGAUGAGGAGAUGGGAGGAUUGUACCUGGAUGAGGAUGAUGACUUGGCCAGGGUCUUGGAGUUUGACAAGGGUUGGUACAAGGUCAGUGCGCCCCCUGCUGGAGCUGCAGAACUCCCCUUCAGUGUUUCAAGCCUGCUGAAGAGAACCGCUGAGGCGAUCAGUAAAGAUGAUUUCACCGAUGAGGAUGCCACACCCGUCAAGUUGAGAAAAGUGGAGCCCGAAGAGCCGGAUAUGACAAACAACACAGUUCAAAACCAAGUCAGUUCCCAGGUCAAGUCCACACCCAAGCCAGGCCCAACGAGCGAUCCAAAGUCAAUAACAGUUCAUGUCCACAACGGAAAGGUCACCACGGAGCAAGGGUCGCCCUCCAUCGCUGCGCUGAGGGCCCCCCUCCGAGAGACUGUACCCCUCUCAAGCACAGACCGGAGACUGGCCUCUGCAGAAAAUACAACUGAUCAGCAACAGACAGACUCUGAAAAACUGCCAUCGUCCACUACUCUAGUUCCCAACCAGACUUCAAACUCUGUGAUUCGAAGGGAUCCACCACCUUUAGCCCUGCUGGCAUUGGAACAGCAACCACUAGCCCCAGUGGUAUUAGAACAGCAACCUCUCAACCCUACGGAUCCCAGAAAGCAAUCUGCUGUAGCAACAGAGGACAGCCCAGCCAAAGAACAAAUUGCAGGAAACGGAGGACUGCCUCAGGCGCAAACUCGGUCUCCGAUGGCUCUUGGUUCACCAGUGGAUGCAGAAGCGUCCCCUCCACAAGACACCUCGGCAGGCAGCGCUGGAGAACAGUCUCUGGCCUGGGAGGGAGAGGGGCAGCCCACAUCAUCCGAUGGCGGGACUCAGUUUGUACAUGUCGCUGAGGAGCUGGAAUCGCUGGCUUCAACUGCUGAUGUCGUCAACCAGAGUGACAUGAAGGUGGACCCCACCGACACAGUUCACCAGCAGGAGACGUCGGUGGUGGUGCCGGAGGGAAGUACCAUCAUGCAGAUGCAGGAUGGGACGUUCUUGGUCCAGAAGCCCGACGGCACGGCCAUGCAGAUCCACACCCCCGAGGGCAUGACCAUCGAGACGGUCCAGGAGCUGCUGUCAAUGGAGGCCGGGCAGUGAUGAGAAGGCGACACCAGAUGGUCAACCCAGCCCCUGGUUUCUGGUCUCUGUUGCUUUCCAGUCCCUGUCGUUUCAAGCCCACCCAGUUUUCAGUCCUUACUUAACCACUUCCUGCUUGGGAGCCCAGUUUCGGGCACCGUGUGUUUAUACGCAGAGCCGGGGUGCCCGGUUUCGGA